AAUGGCUCGAGCGCAUAUGGAGUGACGCCAUCUUUCCCGUGUGCUGCUUCUACGCGAGCGCGGAUUCUUUACGCACACAUUCACUUGCCCAGCAGGAGCUGCCGCAAGCUGCGGGUCAUUCUCUUAACAGUUUCUCAACGGAUUGUCGCCUUUUUACGCGUUGAAGUAUUGAAAGGCGACAAAGGAAUAUACAGCUUUUGACGCAGAUUAGAAAGCUGUCUUUGGCUGCGAAAGGACCAUGGCGACCCAAUCUGACCUGAUGGAGCUUGACAUGGCCAUGGAGCCUGAUCGCAAGGCUGCCGUCAGCCACUGGCAACAGCAGUCUUACCUGGACUCAGGUAUCCACUCUGGGGCCACCACCACCGCCCCAUCCCUGAGCGGCAAGGGCAACCCAGAGGAAGAGGAUGUGGAUAAUCAGGUGCUGUAUGAGUGGGAGCAGGGCUUCAACCAGUCCUUCAACCAGGAGCAGGUACCAGACAUCGAUGGCCAGUAUGCCAUGACCAGAGCCCAGAGAGUCCGAGCGGCCAUGUUCCCCGAGACCUUGGACGAGGGCAUGCAAAUCCCCUCCACACAGUUCGACUCUGCCCACCCCACAAACGUCCAGCGCCUGGCUGAGCCCUCACAGAUGCUCAAACAUGCCGUCGUCAACCUCAUCAACUACCAGGACGAUGCAGAACUGGCCACUCGAGCCAUUCCAGAGCUCACCAAGCUACUGAACGAUGAGGAUCAGGUGGUGGUGAAUAAGGCAGCUGUAAUGGUGCACCAGCUUUCCAAGAAGGAGGCAUCCCGUCACGCCAUCAUGAGAUCCCCACAGAUGGUGUCUGCCAUCGUGAGGACCAUGCAGAACACCAACGACAUAGAAACGGCCCGUUGCACCUCCGGCACCCUGCACAACCUAUCCCAUCACAGAGAAGGCCUGCUCGCCAUCUUCAAAUCUGGAGGCAUUCCUGCCCUCGUCAAAAUGCUCGGCUCCCCCGUGGACUCUGUACUAUUUUAUGCCAUCACGACUCUACACAACCUGCUACUGCACCAGGAAGGAGCCAAGAUGGCUGUUCGUCUGGCAGGAGGCCUGCAGAAAAUGGUGGCCUUGUUAAACAAAACAAAUGUCAAAUUCCUUGCCAUCACAACAGACUGCCUUCAGAUUUUGGCCUACGGCAAUCAGGAAAGCAAACUUAUCAUUCUGGCCAGUGGAGGCCCACAAGCUCUGGUAAACAUCAUGAGGACCUACACCUACGAGAAACUGUUGUGGACCACCAGUCGAGUACUCAAAGUCCUCUCUGUUUGCUCCAGUAACAAACCUGCAAUUGUUGAGGCUGGUGGUAUGCAAGCACUCGGCCUUCACCUUACAGACCCCAGUCAGCGAUUGGUACAGAACUGCUUGUGGACUUUGAGGAAUCUUUCAGACGCCGCCACCAAACAGACAUCUUUAGCAGAAGUAGAUGUGCAGGAGGGUAUGGAGGGUCUGUUGGGCACCCUGGUCCAGUUGCUUGGCUCAGAUGACAUCAACGUGGUGACGUGUGCCGCAGGAAUUCUAUCCAACCUCACCUGCAACAACUACAAGAACAAGAUGAUGGUGUGCCAAGUGGGCGGCAUCGAGGCGUUAGUGCGCACCGUCCUUCGUGCUGGAGACCGAGAGGACAUCACAGAACCUGCUAUCUGCGCUCUCCGCCACCUCACGUCAAGACAUCAAGAUGCAGAGAUGGCCCAGAAUGCAGUGCGGCUGCACUAUGGGCUGCCUGUGGUGGUCAAAUUACUCCAUCCUCCCUCACAUUGGCCUCUAAUUAAGGCCACAGUCGGGCUGAUCCGUAACCUGGCACUGUGCCCGGCGAACCAUGCCCCACUAAGAGAACAGGGAGCCAUCCCUCGUCUGGUGCAGCUUUUGGUCAGAGCACACCAGGACACUCAGAGACGCACCUCCAUGGGUGGAACACAGCAGCAGUUUGUGGAGGGUGUGCGUAUGGAAGAGAUCGUGGAGGGCUGCACUGGAGCUCUGCACAUUCUAGCCAGAGACAUUCACAACAGAAUCGUCAUCAGAGGACUUAACACUAUUCCACUUUUUGUUCAGUUGCUGUAUUCGCCCAUCGAGAAUAUCCAGCGUGUAGCUGCAGGUGUGUUGUGCGAGCUGGCUCAGGAUAAGGAGGCAGCUGAAGCCAUCGAGGCAGAAGGUGCCACCGCUCCUCUCACAGAGCUUCUCCACUCCAGAAAUGAGGGCGUCGCCACGUACGCCGCUGCAGUUCUGUUCCGCAUGUCUGAGGAUAAGCCCCAGGACUACAAGAAACGACUGUCUGUGGAGCUCACCAGCUCUCUGUUCAGAACCGAGCCCAUGACCUGGAACGAGACCGGAGAUCUGGGGCUUGAUAUCGGUGCGCAGGUCGAGCCUCUGGGCUACAGAACAGACGACCCAAGCUACCGCUCCUUCCAUUCCGGAGGCUACGGGCAGGACGCCAUGGGCUUGGACCCCAUGAUGGAGCACGAGAUGGGCGGGCACCACCCUGGCCCCGAUUACCCCGUGGACGGUCUGCCCGACCUCGGCCACGCCCAGGACCUGAUCGACGGCCUCCCGCCAGGCGACAGCAAUCAGCUGGCCUGGUUUGAUACCGAUCUGUAAAUACAAUGACUUUUUAGGUGAGGCACCGCGCUAAACACGAACUCGACGUGAAUGGCUGGUGGUGUUUGAUCUGUGCUGACCGCACCGUGUGUGGGAUUUGAAAGCCUUGAGUAAAGCAUGCCAGUAGCAGAACUAAUCCGAGCUGCAUUCUGAAUACGAGGGCGAAGUCAUGGCAGCGUUGUGUGUUUCUCUCCCGUUAAUCUGAUUUAAUGUGAUUCUCCCUCUUUCCCUCUGCUGCAGCUGUAUCGUCUGAUCUGAAUGAACCUGCAUUGUGAUUUUGGCCUGUAGAGUUGCUGAGCGGGCUCAAGAGAGUGGGCUAGUUUCUCUGAAAGUGCCUGACACACUAAUACAAGCCGAGUUUCCUAUGGGAACACGUGGAAGUAAAACAUUGUCCUGCUCUUGGUUGGAAAUUGGUGUGAUUGACAGAAGAAAGCCCAAAAAGCAAAUCCUAAGAUGGAAUUUUCAACCUUAGCAUUGCCUGUACUUUUUAUUACCUUUCUUAUUUUUAAAGGAUAUUUCGGUCUGUAAUGGUACCUCUCUAGCUUGCUUUAUGAUAAUCGUCUUUUAUUUUGCAGAACUUUGUAUUUCUUUCAACUGUCUCUCUCUCGCUUUCUCUCUCAUAGUGUUGUUAUAGUGUUAAUGAUCCAUCAAGAUUUUAUCAAGUUUAUGGUGUAGAACACUAAUUAAUCAGUUGAAUUGUAUUCUGAUCAAAUGUAACAUUGUGUAGCUUUUGUAUAAAACCAAGAAUUGAAAGUCCAAAUAUCAGCUCUCAUGCUUUAAUAAAAUCCCAGAUGUUCCAAAGGGUUUGCAAUCAGUUGGGGUCAUUGAUUUUUUUCUCUCUUUUUUUGACAGUAGCUUUAGAAAGGUUUUGAAAAGAAUCCCAAAUUAUUGUAGCCUGCGAUGUUGAUGGGAGACAUGGUUAUGACCUGGCUUUGUCAAUAAAAUGGACUUUGAAUUUAA